ACGGUCAUAACUGGGCUGCAGUGGGAGGAGUCGAUUAUUUUUUGCUAUCUGAGAAUACAAAAUGGCGGCGGCGGCGGCGGCGGCGAAAGCAGCGGUGGUAUUGCCACGUCCGGUGACGUUUGUGACGGGAAAUGCGAAGAAGCUCGAAGAGGUCAAAGCUAUCAUCGGGAGUUCCAUUCCUUUCAAGUCUCUCAAACUCGACCUGCCUGAGCUGCAAGGUGAGCCUGAGGAUAUCUCCAAAGAGAAAGCUCGUCUGGCUGCUCUUCAGGUAAAUGGGCCAGUGCUAGUGGAGGAUACAUGCCUCUGUUUCAAUGCUUUGAAGGGUCUUCCUGGUCCUUACAUCAAGUGGUUUCUUGAGAAGCUUGGCCAUGAAGGUUUGAACAACUUACUGAUGGCCUAUGAAGAUAAAUCAGCUUAUGCAUUGUGUGCAUUCUCUUUCUCGCAUGGUCCAGGUGCUGAACCUCUUACAUUUUUGGGGAAAACUCCGGGUAAGAUAGUUCCAGCAAGAGGACCAACUGAUUUCGGGUGGGAUCCAGUGUUUCAACCUGAUGGAUAUGACCAAACUUAUGCAGAAAUGGCAAAGGAAGAAAAGAACAAGAUAUCCCAUCGGUACAAGUCUUUAGCUAUGGUGAAAUCUCACUUUAAGGAGGCUGGCUACGUGUUCCAGACAACAGAUGAUGAUACCAAUUAAGACAAUGUAUUUAUGAGAGAACAACCAGUGGAUAAAGCUACUCAUGUAAUCUCUUGGAAGUGCUUACGAAAUGAAUCCAGUAAGCGUACAGAAAAUUCCAACUAGUAACGUGCAGAGCAAGAAACAGAACCACCCACUUCUCAAGUUUAAAAGAAGAAAGAAAGAUCGGAUACAACGGUUUAUGGGUUUGGCAUCACAUCACAUGUUAGUGUAACAACUCCUUUAUAUUUACUCACUACUCCCAACUGUUUUGUGGUUUCAUUCCUAUAUUUCACAAGUAUGUAGUUUGCUUUAGAGGUUCCUUUAGAACUCAAAAAUCAAUUCAAUCAUCCAAUUACU